AGGAAAUAUAGGUCAACUGGAGCGCCAAGGAUUGGAUCCGCGCGAGUCUCGCCUAGGGUAGAGCUAGAUCGUGAAGAAUGCGAGCCGGCAGGCCUCUAGAGCUUCGUUGAUCGGCCAAAUCAUGGUUUUGAGGAAUGGAGCCGAUGAUUUGGAGAACGCUGCUCUGAAUGGAUCCAAUCCCGUCAAUGGAGUUCCAAAUAGUCCUCGCGGAGGUAUAAGACGAGCGCAUUCGGCAAGGAUUGUUCCCGGAAGUCGUCUAUCCAGUGCUCUGGAAGAUCUGGAUGUCGAAGGUGAUGAGAAGAAUUCUCGAAAAUCUCGGCACCAGGCUGUUGUGUCUGGACUGGCGUACUGUGCGUCCUCUUGCAGUAUGAUUUUGCUAAACAAGUACCUUCUUUCUGGAUAUAACUUUAAUGCAGGGAUUUCUUUGAUGUUUUAUCAGAAUCUCAUCAGUGUCAUCGCAGUCGUGAUACUGAGCUGCCUGGGGGCAAUAACGAUCGAGCCAAUCACCUGGAAGCUUGUUCGAGUCUGGUUUCCAGUGAACGUUAUAUUUGUCGGCAUGCUUGUCAGCAGCAUUUACAGCCUGAAAAACAUGAACGUGGCGAUGGUAACAAUUCUAAAAAACAUGACGAAUAUCGUGACCGCGCUGGGAGAAAUGUAUCUCUUCGGCAAGCAUCACAAUCGGAAAGUCUGGGGCUCUCUAUUACUUAUGGUUCUCUCUGCUGUGGCUGGAGGUUUCACCGAUCUUUCUUUCCACGGAGUUGGAUACGCUUGGCAGAUAUUGAAUUGCUUUCUCACAGCUGCUUAUUCACUGACACUUCGGAAGGUAAUGGACACAGCGAAACAAGCAACGAAAUCUGGCAACCUCGGCGAGUUUUCGAUGGUUCUGCUCAACAAUUCUCUUUCCCUGCCUCUUGGUCUCGUGCUCAUUCUCCUUUUUAACGAGAUUGAGUACUUAUCGACGUUGCCAAUUUUGAGUCUUCCGACAUUUUGGCUAGUUAUCACGUUGAGUGGCUUGUUCGGCUUGGCAAUUAGCUUCACAUCUAUGUGGUUUUUGUACCAAACAAGUCCCACCACCUACAGUCUUGUGGGCUCACUGAACAAAAUACCGCUCUCCAUUGCUGGCAUCGCCUUGUUUAGAGUUCCGACAAGCUUGCCGAACUUGCUGAGCAUCAUUUUUGGACUGUUUGCAGGAGUUGUAUUUGCAAAAGCAAAAAUGUCUAGCAAAUAGCUAGUGUUAUCUGUACAUUCUUCAAAUUCUUAUAGUUCUAAAAUGUGCAUACCUGGUGGUAUGUAAAGGGCGGCGUGGAUUUUUAUUCUUGGCCUAGAAAAAUUUUAGUUGUUAGUCAUUAGAAAACUUGGAUAAAUGUUUAAAUAUUUUGACAGUUAAAAAAGGUAAUUGAUGUUCAUCUUAUAUAAAA